GCCCUGUGACACCGCUGCCGGCCCCGAGCAGGCCCCGGGGGGAGCGCCGCGGCCCCGCGCACGCCGAAGUCUCUUUCCCCGGCUUUCGACCCUGUGUACCAAAGAAAUGGUGAUGGAGAAGCCCAGUCCCCUGCUUGUAGGGCGGGAGUUCGUCAGACAGUACUACACUCUGCUCAAUAAAGCUCCCGACUUCCUGCACAGGUUUUAUGGCAGGAAUUCUUCUUAUGUCCAUGGAGGACUGGAUGCUAGCGGAAAGCCACAAGAAGCAGUGUAUGGCCAAGCUGAGAUACACAAGAAGGUGAUGUCAUUGCAGUUCAGUGAGUGCCACACCAAGAUUCGCCAUGUGGAUGCUCAUGCCACUCUGAGCGAUGGGGUGGUGGUGCAAGUCAUGGGGGAGCUGUCCAACAAUGGGCAGCCCAUGAGGAAGUUCAUGCAGACCUUUGUACUUGCUCCAGAGGGGUCUGUUCCAAACAAGUUCUAUGUACAUAACGAUAUCUUCAGAUAUGAAGAUGAAGUAUUUGGGGAUUCUGAAGGAGAACUUGAUGAAGAGUCCGAAGAGGAGGUGGAGGAAGAACAGGAGGAAAGACAACCAUCACCUGAACCUGUGCAAGAAAAUGCAAGCAGUACCUACUAUGAAAAUCAUCCUGUCACCAAUGGUAUAGAGGAGGCACUGGAAGAAUCAUCUCAUGAGCCUGAGCCAGAAUUGGAAUCAGAAACAAAACCUGAGGAGCUGAAGACUGAGGUAGAAGAAAAGGCUCUUGAGGAGCUGGAAGAGAAGUCUCCUUCUCCACCUCCUGUAGAACCUGUUUCGCUACCCCAGGAACCACCAAAGGCUUUCUCUUGGGCUUCAGUGACCAGUAAAAACCUGCCUCCUAGUGGUACUGUUUCCUCCUCUGGAAUUCCGCCCCAUGUUAAAGCACCGGUCUCACAGCCAAGAGUUGAAACAAAACCCGAAGCUCAAUCUCAGCCUCCUCGCGUGCGUGAGCAGCGCCCAAGGGAACGACCAGGAUUUCCACCCCGUGGACCUCGACCAGGGAGAGGGGAUGUGGAGCAGAAUGAGUCGGACAAUCGCCGAAUAAUCCGCUACCCAGACAGCCAUCAGCUGUUUGUUGGGAACCUGCCGCAUGACAUCGACGAGAGCGAACUGAAAGAGUUCUUCAUGAGCUUUGGAAAUGUGGUUGAACUCCGCAUCAACACAAAAGGAGUUGGAGGAAAACUGCCCAAUUUCGGCUUUGUGGUAUUUGAUGAUUCUGAGCCAGUCCAGAGAAUUUUGGUUGCAAAACCCAUUAUGUUCCGGGGUGAGGUGCGCUUGAACGUAGAAGAGAAAAAAACAAGAGCUGCUCGUGAGAGAGAGACCCGAGGCGGAGGUGAUGACCGUAGGGAUAUUCGGCGCAAUGAUAGAGGCCCCGGGGGUCCCCGUGGAAUAGUGGGUGGUGGCAUGAUGCGCGACCGUGACGGCCGAGGACCCCCUCCAAGAGGUGGCAUGGCGCAGAAGCUCGGCUCUGGACGAGGCAGCGGGCAGAUGGAAGGGCGCUUCACGGGACAGCGUCGCUGAACUCCACCGCAGGCAGACGGUCCUGGCAGUGGUACAUCAUCCAUCGUGUUUGCAUUCUUGUUCAUUUCUUUUGGCUUUGGAAUGUGACACCGCCCUUCUGAUCAUUUCUUUGAUGUGAAAGCAUCCUUUGGUUUCCGGUUUAAAUUAAAGUGGACGUUCUUUCCCCAGUUUCACAACAGAAGUCACACUGUUAAUUUAUAAAUGUUGACUUGGAGAAUUGAGGACUGGAAAGAUUUAAAAAAAAAAAAAAAACAACAAAACAGUAAACUGUCUGCAACAAAAGUGAACUGAAGGACAUGCCCAAUAAAAUUCAGGUCCUUACAGUCAAAGCCCUCUGCUGCACAUUUUGUGUAAGUGUUACUGUUUCUGCCUGUUACUGUUGGAAACACAAAUAGUGCAAUUUGUGCAAUCGGAGAAGCUUGCCUUUUUUUUUUGUUUGGUUUCGGUUUUUUUUAGAACACUUGGCUCCAAACAAACUCUUGUUUACGCACUCAUCAGAAUGCACUACUGGGUACUCUGAACUCGUGUAUUGACAUCUGCAGGAGGCAUCGGAGGAAAAAAACCCUUCUUUCUCUUACUCAGACAGAAUAGCUUGUGAAACGGUGCGGGCAUCCAACCUGCUUGCUGUGACCAACAUAUGCACACACACAAACCUUAACAAGACUACGAGUUCAUUCCAGAAGGAAUCCAUUUAGCCGUUAACUAAACAGAACCUAGAGUUCCGAAGCCGUAGUCCUGAGUACUUAAUGAGUUUGAUAGCUCACGUCAGAUUUUUCUAUCUGCCCCUCUUCAUACAGGGAUGGCUGCUCAACACACUCCUCCUUCCCCUCUCCCCUUCGAUAAGCAUUGUACGGUGAAAAUUGUCUUGACUGUAUUUGAGUUCUCUGGUAAUGUAACAAGCAUGAUGGUGCCUUCUAUGAAUACAUCAUUCCAGUCUCGCUGGUGAUUUUGUACAGUGUAGUGUAUGAACUACUGUCCUGCAAAGCCAAUCGGCUGCAACGCAUCUGAAAAAAUCAUGGAAAAAAAAUGUAUUAAAAAUUGCAGUAUCUGUCAAUCAGUAAACAUUGCUGAAAUUACCAUCCACCUUGCUCUUCAAUUAACAAGUUUGUCUGUUCUUUUGCAGCGGGGGGGAAGGGAGGAAGAAGGCAUCUAAUAGUCUCCAGGUUGUCUCUUCUCUUUAAUCAAUGUCAAACUUGAGGAAAACGGAGUGAGAUCUUUCUGGGACGUUUCGGAAGCCGGUUUGGAAUGAUGAACGCUUUUGGCCAGCUCAUGAUCAGUAGAACUGAGUGUCCCUUGUACCGGUGAGCAUAUCAAUACGGAUACUGCAAUUUUCAGAGAACAACACAGCAGCUCUUGAGUAUUUGCAUUUUCCAGUUGCGCUCUUUUUAAAACUCAUUUUGCACAUAUCUCUCAGCUGAAGUUGCCACUGUGGCUCGGGACUAAAGGAUAGGAAAGAGACGUCGUCGUCUUCAGUUUCAAGUGCGAGUUUUCCAGGUUGAGAGGUCUGUUUCUGGAUGGCAUUCCGGAGCACGUUCCCAUCAGCUACAGCAGGCAGUGUGUUUGGGCUCAGUGCUGGGGCGGGCAGCGAGCACGAGGCUCCGGUGCGUCAGAGUGAAAGAGGGGUGUGUGUUUGAUGUGAGUCUGUGUGACAGCGUGACCACUUAAAGCUGCUUCUAAACAUGGAAGACCUCAAAAAACAGCAAUCUGAAGCAAAAGCAGACAGGAUAUAGCAUUAGUCUGUCCCCGGAUUAUGCAUUCCCUUGCUGUUUUCGAGUCAUCUGGGAGAUUUUGCACAUAUUUUACUUCUACAUCAGGCAAAGUGAAGUGGCAUCUGUUUUAUCCCAGACCCAGGGUCUUCUGUGCAUGAUGGUAAGUCUUGCACUAUGUUCAUAAACAUUUUUUUCUGAGGCACGUUUCUUCUUGUCUCUUUUUUUUGUAUUUCAGUUUUUCAUUGAAAGUCUUUGACAUGUUCAGUUGGAAACCUGUAGUACUUGAACUGCUCAGCACACAGCUCUACUUGUGUUCAAAGCCUUUGGACAGAUUGCUGCCUUCAGUUAGCAGUUUCUCAAUGCUGUGUGUUUUGUGUAGGGAAUUUUUUUUUCUUUUUUUUUUUUUCUUUUUCCUUUUGUGGUGCGAUGGUGUUUUGCUGCCACCCAUUUCAUUUUUAUGGCAAAUGGCACUGGGGAUAAUCUGAACAACGACAACAAAAAGGAGUAUUAAGAGCCAUUCCAUUUUCUGGCUUGAUUCCUGUGUAAAUGACAUGAGCAAUGAUUGGAACGUCAUCUGGAGAAGUUUACAUGGUGACAGUUCAUCGCUGUUCUGUGGACUCUUACGUGUUCUUGACCCUCUUUUAGUAAAUGUACCUCGUUGAGCAAAGGAAGGGAUUUGCUGACCAUUGCUGUUUGUUGCUGGUUUGUGGGUAGUGGGUGUGUUUUGUCAUUACGGUUCUAUUUUGACCAACUUGGCUGACCAUUCUGGCUUCAUAGUUCUACAACAGUGGAUUACCAUCCUUCUUGCUGUAAUGUGUCAAGCAUUAUAUGCUCGUAGAUUCUAGUUUAAUUGUUGCAGGUGGGAAGUAUUUUUAAGUUUCCAUUCUGAAUGUGUUUUGACUGAACAUACCAAUAAACUACUGAUGUCUGCAGCAUUGA